GGCAGAGUGACUGGGACGCCUACAGUCUCGCGUGUACUCCGGUAGGGAACGGUAGUGGUGCUGGUAGUACGUGUUCACCCUCCUGAGUAACUCGCCAGGCAUCCUCUCAGUCGGCUUGCCUUGCCAGGUGCCUGCGCUGUGUUAGCGCGCGAACACGUCUCCUCGAGGGAAGGUGGAACUCAAGCGGGUAUCUGAGCAUCUCCAAGUUACAAUGUCUUUAUUCUUAUUCGAUAUUGUUUGACCCGAAGCCCCGUACUAUUUGUUUGCUGCAAGGGGAGUGACAGUUCUAAUUUAUUAGUAAACUCCACGUUUAGCGAGAGAAGCGCAUCCUAGACCAUAGAACAGACAGUGAUAAUAACAAUACUAAAAGACAUUACGACUGAGAAAUUGGGCAACGAUUCUGAAUGGGUGUUUCUACCAGGUGAAGGCCAAAAGAGUCAGACCCCCUGACCUGUAGCAGUAUCAGAAGGAUACUGUUUUGGUCUGACGUAAUCUGACAGAACACAGGUGUCUGUGUGUAUGUGUUCGUAGAGUAGUCACACCCUCUUGUUAUAUAUUUAGUCCCCGCUACACCCACGUGCUGCUGCGAGCCACUAUGGGACAGCUUUCCGGGGUUGGAUCACAGAAAAGCAUGAUACUGUGAUCAUAACACAGCUUGAACAAUGGACACUUUUCAGUCGUGAGACCAUAUUUAUAUAACAUAUUUAACCACAGGAAGAGAAAACACCUAUAAGCCAUUGUGCAUGAAAAAGUGUUUUGUUUUGUUUAGUUGAAAACAGUGUACAUCCCUGACCAUGAUCACAAGAAAUAUCUUUAAAACAAUAAAUCGGUGAUAGAGACACGUAGCAAAAGCAACUUCCAAGGACUAAAGGGUGAUCAGGAGCGUCCGAGACUGCCAGCGGGAAGUUAUCCGGCAAGAAAGCUGUGACCAAAAUGACGGCAGAAACCAGGACAAAGACUCGUACUGUGUCCUUCGGCGAGGAUCAACAGAGUGAGUGCGAGGCCGGCCGUGAUGACGUGCGCGACGGGGUCCCAUACGACGAUGACGAGGACGACGCCGCUUCCGUCACGUCCCUGCCCGCCGAGCUCCCCCCUCCCCCCGACGGAGGCUGGGGCUGGGUCAUCGUGGUGGUGUCCUUCCUCUGCAACGCCAUCGUGGACGGCGUGGCUUACUCCUUCAGCCCCUACAUCGACAUCCUGUCCAAGCAGUUCGAUGCACCCAAGGGAAAGGUGGCGUGGAUUCCGUCCCUUCUCGCCGGCGUCUACCUCAGCGCUGGCCCCAUCGUCUCGGCCCUCAGCAACAAGUUCGGAUGCCGGGUCGUCUGCUGCGUCGGCGGUCUGGUGGCUUCGAUCGCCUACUUCCUCACCAUCUUUGCGAACUCCACCGAGUAUCUUAUGGUGUUCCAGGGAUGCCUCGCAGGUAUCGGCUUCGGGUUGAUCUACCUGCCGGCGGUGGUCUGCGUCGGCUACUACUUCGAGUCCAAGCGUGCCCUAGCCACGGGUAUCGCGGUCUGCGGCUCGGGUAUCGGCACCAUGAUCUUCCCUCCCUUCAUCAACUACAUGAUCGGAGAGUACUCGUGGAAGGGCACCAACCUCCUGAUCGCGGGAUUGAUUCUCAACUGUUGCUGGUUCGGCGCUCUCAUGAGGCCUCUGGAGGUCCCCAGGAUGAAGAAGAAAGACCUCCUUCAGCGCCUGGCAGAGGAGAAGCGGGCGACUUUGGCAAGAGGGUCGAUCUGUGAUCCUAAUAGGGAGGCAAAUGCUGACCCAGGAGUGCACUCCCACCUCAAUCUCUCUGGCUACCUGACACCUGUGGGUACAACGUUAGCUCUGCCAACUAUCCAAGAGACCCAGGGCAACACCCCUCCUGACCAGGAAGCCCCCAUUGCUGCCACUGAUGCUGAAGAGGUUUCCCCAACAACCCCUCCAGCCACUGAGCAGGACACAACUGAUGAACGCCAGAACUUGGUGAAUGGAGCAAAGGCCUCAGCUGUGCCUGCGCGGAUGACAGCUGCAGCCAAAAUACCCCGCAAUUGCUCCCAGCCAGUGAUGGCUCGAGACCCAACCAGACAGAUACCCAAAAAUGGAUCCGUCCCCAAUUUUGAACGGAAAUUCUCAAAAGUCGAUAUUGCAAACCAUAUGAAGGUAGUCCCAGCCACCCCCAAGGCAUCUUCCACCAACCUGCGUGGCCUCGGCUCGCAGGAGAUGAUGCGCCGAGUGUCAUCAGGUUAUGGUCGUGUUAACUCAAAUAAUUCCUUUGUGGAUCCUGAAAUGGCUGGUGCGCUUCGGCAGAGACGUUCAUCUUCAAAAUCGAUGAUGUUGCGCCCGAUGUCCCGUCAUGACAUUUUCUACUCGGGAAGUAUUGCAAAUUUAAGAGAAUUCAAGUCUCAAGAAUCCAUGCUGUCCUAUCGUGAAUCAGCCCUCAACCUGCAAGGAACGGGAGCCUCCAAAGUGGUCAUUGAUGCUCUGGAUGGACCGGAAGAGGAAAGAGGAUUGUGUUCCUGCCUUCCUGAAUCCAUGCGAGGAACACUCAGCCAGAUGAUGGACUUCAGUCUCUUGAAGAACCCGGUGUUCCUUAUGAUCGGUGUGGCCAACCUCUUUGGUAUGCUUGGCUUCUACACACCUUUUGUAUAUCUUCCAGAUGCAGCUAAGGAAAAGGGAGUGGAUCCUGACUAUGCUACCUUUUUGGUCUCCAUCAUUGGUAUUACAAACACCGUUGGUAGGGUGUUGUCAGGACUCAUAGCUGACAUACCGAAAGUCAGCGCUCUUUGGGUCAACAAUGUUUGCAUCAUCCUCUCUGGCGUUUGUGUCUUCCUCACCCCCUUUGCUACAUCAUAUGGAUCCUUUGUCACAAUUUCACUUUUCUUCGGGUUCUUCGUUUCUGCCUACAUCUCCCUCUCAUCCAUCAUCCUGGUAGAGCUCCUUGGUCUGUCGCAGCUCACCAAUGCCUUUGGCCUCCUCAUCCUCUUCCGUGGAUCAGCCUCUAUGGUGGGCCCUCCCAUUGCAGGAAGUAUCUAUGAUGCCACAAAGAACUACGAUAUAUCAUUCUACUCAGCGGGCACUGCUAUUUUGUGUGCUGGCCUUCAUUGCCUUGUUCCAUGCGUCCAACGCAUGUGUGAUGGAAAUGCGCCGGUGGGAUACACCACUAAUGAAGAAUGGCAGAUGGAUGCUGUGCCAGAAGAAGAUGAAGAUGAAGGUGCUGUCUCUCCUGACACUGGUGAAGGCAUUGGCAUUAUUCUGGAUAUCAAGCCAAAAAUUACAACUGUCCUGCAUCAAGAUAGUGGUGAAAAUAAAAUUGUACUUGACAGCACACAAAAUGAAAAAGGAAAGGAGAUCGUUUCAUCACUGUGAAGCCAAGAGCUUAUUUCUGCCUGAUGGAUGAAAAAGAAAUCAAAUGCCAUUUAGCAUUUCACUGAAAUUCAGCUGCUUCUGUGAAUCAGAGCUUACAAAUUCAGACAAUUAUGUUUGUGUAUUCACUCUUGCCAACAGUUCAUGUUGCUGGACAACCAGAUGGUGCAUGUUGCACUCAUUCAGAAAGUGGUAUGUGAUUCGCUGAUGCUGGUCUUUCACAAUAUAUGUUCAUUAUAACUUAGAUGUUUGGUGUUAAUGUGAUAUAGAUAAAUAUUUUUAGUGAAUAUAAUCAUUUUUGCAGAGAAUGAGUUCUAACAAAAAAUGGAGCUCAAGAAUAA